AUGCUUAAAUACGUGUGGCAUGUGGCAGUGAUAUCAAUAGUAUUCUGUUGGUUACAAACGGCAACGGCACGCAGUGCCACAAAUUCUAAUACGAAUAAUUAUCAGCAUGCAAACAGCGUUACUGAAGAAAGCGACAGCCACCAACAGUCACAAACGAGCAGUAGCUCUAGUACGAGUCCAUCAAAUGUCUGGAAAGAUCUAUCAAUGGUUUACCGACUGUAUCAGCAGUGUUCGGCGGAAAAUUUGUCAAUCUGUCUUAAAGUCAAACUGUUGACGGGUCUGGAAAAGGUGUUCCGUUCGGCCAAGAAAGUGAAAAUUAUGGAGGGCAUACAAUUUGUCAAGGCUGAUGAUUCCGAACAGCCAACAAAACCUUUGUUAAGCGAACAAGAGUUAGAGGCGAAUUUACCCAGAGCUUUGGAGGCCAAAGAACAGGUUUUGACCAAUAUGAUUUUUAAGAAUUUGGCCGGUUUUUUGCAGCAUCAUACUUUACAGAUAAAAUUCCCUGAUAUACGUCCUGAUGACUCGCUAUCUGGCAAUACCGUAGAAGGCCGCAAGAAAAAAGAUAAAAAAGGUGGUGGUGCUUACAUAAUGAUUCCUUUGCUUUUGGGUGGCACAUUUGUGCCUAUUGCUUACGGUGCUUUGGCCAUGUUGGCGGGCAAAGCUUUAAUUGUCUCAAAAUUAGCUUUAGUCUUGGCCUCUAUUAUAGGCAUUAAGAAAUUAUUAAGUGGUGGCGGCAAGGAGUCUUCUCAUGAAGUUGUAGUAUCUUCUGGCGGCCAUUCUGGCUGGGGUCGUGAUUUUGAUUUGGCCUAUAGUGGUUGGAAACCAAAAGAUCCGAAAAAGACUACUUAA